CAUGCAUGUGACUCGUAUGACGCAAUUGAUUUCAGGAAAGGAGCACCCGUUCUUGCCAAAGCGAAAGCAGAAGUGAGCGCAGCUGAAACACUGAGGAAGAAAACAAUUUGUAUAGAUUGUUCAGGUCUGCUCAGUGCCACAAUAUUUAAACCAAGCCUCCACGGUCCAAACAGAUGGAUCCCUCCAACAGCACUGUCUCUCGAGCCACAAUACAAAGGCUGGCCUCCGAUUUCCCAACCUCCACGCACCCUGCAUCUCUUCACGGAAAAGCCAAAACGGUGAAAAUAGGACAUGUAGAAAUCCCGCUGUUCUGGGCAAACUUGUUUUUCUCUUUUAUCGCCAUAGCCGGUCAAGUUGGUCAAAAUGUCUCCUUACCUCUUUGGAUCGACUCUACAAAUGGACGUCGUUCAGGGAGAUCGGUGGACAGUUAUUUCGUGUUAUCCUUUGCAAGUCUGUCGUUUGUUGUAAUAUUUGGACUGGGAACACUUUUUAUUCGAAUCUUUUCACCUCAAGAGCUCGGUGAAACGGAGAAGCGCUUUCCUAACUCACUGCUGUUUUUAGUCGGCCUCUGUGAUGCACUGAACGGAGCGUUGGUUGUUUUUGCCAGCAAAGGGUCGAGAACUCCGCCGUAUCUCCAGGCCAUUCUCGGAAACUUCAUGAUUCCUUUGACCAUAUUGUUCAGGGUGCUCAUCGUACGAAAGAGGCCGACACUUCUAAAGCUGCUCUGUGGUCUCGCUGUAGUUGUCGGUCUUUUUGUUUGCCUCAUUCCAACAAUUUUUCCCAGUGUUGAUCCUAAAGCAGAGAAAACAAAAAACGAAACUCAUGGCGUUUCAAGAGUGAUGUGGCCUCUCAUUUUCAUGCUUGGAUUUAUACCCGCGGCCAUUAUGAAUGUCCUCGAGGAACAUGGAGUGAAGAUGGAAAACCAAACAUCAAGAAAAGGAAUCAACUUGGUUUACUACCUGUUCUGGACCUCUUUAUAUCAACUUAUUUGUGUUGGUUCACUUUUCUGGCUUGAUAUUCUGCCUUGGUAUGGAAACGUUGACAGUAUCAGCGAGUUUGGAAGAAAUUGGUGGUUUGGAAUUCAAUGUUUCUUUGGCGCAGCAGGUUGUGAUUCUAAAUGUGGCAUCAGAGGAACCAUGUUUAUUCUCAUGUACGUUUUAUCUUAUGUUGGUUCAGCAAAUCUACUGAGACACGCCGAGGGAGCCACUUGGUUAGCCAUUGUCGUGUCCCUAGUCACUCCUCUGGGAUUUCUCUUCUGGACUUUGUUCAACGAGUCACCGUUCAGGUGGCAGCCUGAGGGUCACGUGAGCACUUGGUUCAGCAUCGGCGCACUGGCAAUCAUGGUUCCCGCCGUUUUUGCCUACAACAUGGGCGCGCCAGAGAUUUCUCUAAAACCUGAAGAAAAUCGCCGAGAAGAGUUUUACUACUCCGAUCAGUACCAUUCAGAUCCUGAUGCAGAAGAACCUCUUCUCUCCAACAAAACUAACUCGCCAAGUUACUCCAUUUGAGACUAUAAAUUUUCUACACUUUGUUUAAGUCCUUCCUAAUUUUGUAGUCAUGGUAACGAGCUCAACGCUCUCCUCGUUCAAGAGACGUUUGAAAUAAGACCUGAAAACUUCCUUACUUAGUGACGUCGCGUUACAGAGCUGUCUCUGACUGGUUGAUACUUAAGCGCGAAAAUUUAAAACCGAGAACAACCAAUCAGACACCCUAUUGAUCCCUCUCGUGCUACGUCAUCAGUUUGGAAUAUUUCGGUUCCAUUCUCUUGAGCGAGGGAAUUUAAUUACUCGGGCUAACUUCCGUUGAAUACACUAAACAAAUACUUAUAUUAUGGUAUUACGUGGUAUUCCUUGUUGACUAUAUACCAAUUUAAAACGAAGCAAAGUUGUUUUUUAUUUCUCUGUUUUAGUUUCCAACGAUUUUUAGAUUUUAAAAUAGAUUUUACAGACUUUGGUGAUAAUGGUUUGGACAGAACGCGCGAUGUAUGUCACAUAGCGGUGACGGUCCAGUUGUACUCAAACGAGGAGGGCAUGGUCAUUGUGCGGAAAGGGAAGGCAUGACAUUUUCGUGCUUGAAUAAGAGAAGGGUUAGGGCUUCGACUUCUCUUUUUGCGUCUCCAUCCUUAGAUCUGUGUGUACAUAUAAAUUUAGUUUAAUAACCUUAGGUUGUGUCGACCACAACUAUGUACUACAUAUGCGCUGUUAUUGAUGGUGAUUUAUAGAUAUAAGAAGGCUCACAAAAAAUUCAAGCUCUUUCUAUCACUUAUACUUGGAUGGAUCAAAAAUACCACUCUUAGUCAGGUGAUGCUAAAAUAAUGGCAUCGGUCCAACCAUUAGUGAACAAUUUUAUAGGUUACUAUAGAACGUUUUCACUGUCACACAAUAAAAAAAUAAAUCGAAAACCA